AUGUCUUUUGAAUUUAAGAGUGUAUUGGUCACGAGUUUAUGCACUUUUGGAGGUGGGACUGCUGGGGUUGCUGGUAGGAUUAUUGGUGUUGUUGAUGUUGUUGUUGGGAGUAUCGGUGUUGGUGGUGUUGUUGAUGGAUUUGAUGCUACUAAUGGGAUUAUCAGUUUUGUUGGUGCUGCUGUUGGGAGUAUCAGUGUUGGUGGUGUUGUUGAUGGCUUUGAUGCUUCUGAUGGGAUUAUCAGUUUUGUUGGUGCAAUUGGUGCUGUUAUUGGGAGUAUCAGUGUUGGUGGUGCUGCUGAUGGAUUUGAUGCUAUUGAUGGGAUUAUCAGUUUUGUGGGUGCAGUUGGUGUUGUUGAUGGCUUUGAUGCUAUUGAUGGGAUUAUCAGUUUUAUUGGCGCAGUUGGUGUUGUUGGUGUCGCAGAUAUAAUCAAGGAUGACUGCCUUGGAGUAAUUGGUUGA